AUAAUAUUUAUAGUAUUUUAAAACUAGAAUUAGACAGCAAAAACAAAUUCAAUAUUUUACACAUAAAAUUAAAUAAAAAAUUUAAAAUAAUAUUUUAAAUAUUUUUAAACUAGAAUUAGACAACAAGAAUAUUACAAAAGAUAACGUAAUAAAAUGUUUUUUAAAGAUACAUGAAAAUAUAAUUAUUACACAAAUUUAAAUAUUACAACAACAAUAAUUGUCUAAUAAAUUUUCUCUAGAGCCUCCAAAUCUAUAAAAAAUUAUCCAAAUAAUUUUGUGUAACCUAAGAUAGAAGAACAUUGCGGAAAUAAUUUUAUAGAACAAUAUGUUAUGUUCUUAUAGUUUAAUAUUUAAUUUUUUAUUUUUAUUUUUACAUUUUACUGUAAAAUAUUAUUAAUUAAUAUUACUAUAAUAUUUUUAUAUAUGUGCUAGUUAUUUUAUAAUUUUGUAUGGAAUUAUAUUAAUUGUGACAAUAAUAUAAGGAUCAUAGUGUAAAAUACAAAUAACUUUUGAAGUUAAUUUAAAGUUUUAAUUUUGAAAAAAAAACGUAUUGAAACUUCAAAUAUAGAGUUUUGUAAACUCUAAAAUAAAGGUUUUUGGAGAUGCUGUUACAUGUCGCUUGUUGAUUUUCCUUUUGUCGUCUGUCGCUUGUUGAUUAACCACAACAAAAAAAAUCCUAAUUCAUUUAUUGUAUAAAAUUAUAUUUUAACUGUAAAUGUACUCCAAAUCCAAAUAAGUAACUUUGCUAGCUAAUCUUAAGCAAAUAACUAAAGAAAUUUAUAAAAUCGAAAAAUCCAAUUAUCUUUAAAAUAUUUAGAAUUUAACUCGCUAAUUAAAUAGAAUUAUUUUCAAUUGUUAAAUUACAUCUAAUAUUGGAUAGGCUAAGAAAUUUGAAAUGAUGAAUGAAAAUAAUAUAUAUAUAUAUAUAUAUUAUGUUAAUUGCUAGACUGUUUGAAUUUAUUUCAUAUGAUCACCGGUUUUGGUUACUAUUAGUAUUAUUAAUACAAAGGCAUUGGACAAAAAAAAUUUAAAUAUCACCAGUGUAUUAAAUAUUAAUGGUUAAGCGUAGGAGUUGGUGCUCGUAGUUCGAACACUGAUGAAAAAGAAUGUUUUACGUCGCAUCAUUUGUAUUAGCAUGGUUUUGAGAUAAGGAAUGAUUAGUACUUAAUUCAAACUUUUCCUAGUUAAUUAAAAAUAUAAAAGAAUAAUUCAUUUUUUUCUAUCCUAUGUUCAAUCUUAAAAAUUCUAAUGUAAAAAAUAAUCAAGAUAAAUAUAGCUGAACUUUUAUUUAGCUGAAAUUUUGAGUGUAGAUUGAACAGUGUAAAUUUUCAAUCAAAACUUAUAAUAAUUAAUGUGUUUCAAUUAAAAAAGAUUUGAUUGUAGAUUGAACCACAUUAUAAUAUAAUUUAUACGUACACAAUCAAAUUAAUAUAGCUACACACUAAAAUAUACAUUUUAGCAUCAAUUAACAUAAGAUAACGUAGAUCGAAAAUUAUUAUACAAUUAGAUAAAUUAAAAUGGAUGGAACAAUGUAAUAUUACUCUAGCCUUUCACCAUUUGUGAUCAAAAGUAAGAAAACUAACUCCACUUAAAAUAAGUAUUUUUUAAUUAAUCUUAGAAUAUCUCGAAUAUAUAGAAAGAUUCAGACUAAUCAUAAAGAAGAAGUGCAAUCCAGAGAUGAAACUCUCUUGUCUCUCAGAAUAUACAAAUGAAAAUAUUAGAUACAUAUAUGAAUGACCACAUGUAAAAUUUAAUAACUUUUUAUUAAAAGGGAAAUCAAUCCUUAACCUAAACUAACAUGACAACUUUUUAUCUAGUGGAAAUCAUUAAACCACCAUAAUGUGGCUGUAAACAAAAGUGUCCUUCGGAUAUUUUUGCUGGAGAUGGAAAAGAAAUUUGUUAUAUUCCUCAGUUUCAUUGUUUUAUUCAACUAUUUAUCAUUUACGUAUAUUCUAUUGAUUUUUGUAGUUGUACUCUAUUGCACCCACAGUUCAAACUCUACAAAUGAGCUAAAUUGAGUCAGUCCAUAUAAUUAGUUUUGAUACAUUUCACUGUAAAUUUUUAAAUAUAAUCUAGUAUAUGUUUCUCCUUUAUUAACCCAUAAAUAUCGUCCGAUGUGAUUACAGAAAGACUUAUUCUUGGGUUCACUCCCUAGGGUGAACCUCUAGGUUCACCAACCAAUAGAAUUGUUUUAUUUCAUAUUCUAAAUCUUUUAAAAAAGAAAAUAAAAUAUUUUAUCAAGCUAUAAGUUAUAUUAUAUUUUUAAAAUAAAAAGAUAAAAAUAAAUAAAUUAAAAAAAGUAGUAAUUAAAAAAAAAAAUUUUAACGUCCUCAGCAAAAUACUAAACCCUAAAUCCUAAUCCCUAAUCCCUAAACUAUAAAUCAUAAGCCCUUAGGUAAACUUUAAAUCCUUGGAUAAAUCCUAAACUUCAAAUCAAAAACACUAAACACUCAAGGGUUUAGGGUUUAGGGCUUUAAGAUUUAGUGUUUUUGAUUUAGAGUAUGAAUUAUCUAAGGGUUAAGAGUUUUCCCAAGGGUUUAUAGGGUUUAUGAUUUAGGGUUUAGGGAUUAGGAUUUAGGGUUUAGUGUUUUGCUGACGACGAUAAAAUUUUUUUUUUUAAAUUCGUUUUUCUCUAACUACUAAUUUUUUAACUUUUUUAUUUUAAAAGCAUAAUAUAUCUUUGACAAUAUUUUGUUUCCUCUUCUAAAAGAUAUCGAAUUUAAAAUAAUGAAAUCCUAUUGGUUGGUGAACUUAGAGGUUCAUCCUAAGGGGUGAACCCAAGAAUAACUCAGAAAGAAAUAAAAGAAACUGUAGAUUGGAAAUUAUAAUACAAUUAGAGAAAUAAAAAUAGAUGGAACAAUGUUUUACUCUAGCUUUUCACCAUCUGUGAUGAAAAGUAAGGAAAUCAGCUCCACUUAAAAUAAGUAAAUAAAAGUGUUCUUCUAAUAGUUAUAUGGAGAUGGUGAAGAUAUUUGUCAUAUUCCUCAAUUUCAUUGUUUCAUUUCAACUGUUUAUCAUUUAAUUAUAUAUAUUCUAUUGAUUUCUCUAGCUGUGCCCAUUUGCACCCCCCCCCCCCCCCCCCCAAUUUAAACUCAUAAAAAAGAGCUGAGUUGACUCACUCCAUGAAAUUAGUUUUCAUACAUUUCACUGUAAAUAUAUAUAUUUUUUAAAUCUAGUAUAUUUUUCUCCUCUAUUAACCCAAAAUCUUCCGGUGUGAUGAAAACUCACAAGAGGAAUAGUUUACAAUAUAAAAGAACAAAAAUUAAGUCGGCAACCUCAUAAGAAACUAGAGAAAACAAUUUGUUUAAGAUUCUCGAGGAUGAAGAGUUCCAAACUUCCGUAGAGCCGGAACGUAGCAGACCAGCUAGCUGUAAGUGUUUGACCUUCUUAUUUAAUAACUGUUAGAACUAUAUAAAAAAUCAUUUUUAUAAUUCAAAUUAUGUUCAUGUUCUCAUUAAAUCCAGUUUUCAACGGGAAGACAACUGUAGUCUUUGCCUUAACCAUUUUAUUUCGGCUGAGUUUGUGACAAUUUAAAAAUGCGUUGUGUGUCAAGGGGACAAAUAAACAAAGUUUCAUUGCUUUAAGACUUGGUAUCAUAUACUAUAAUAACUACAUCUUACUUAACAAUGAUGAUAUACACAAGAAAGUAUGAUUAAAUAUUUUUGUUAUGUUAAAAAACGAUGUUAGUGUUCUGAAAACUAACAAUAUAUGUCAUUUAGGUGCUAGGCCACCACUCUUCUGCCUUAUUUUUGUAACGAAUGAACACAGCUAUUUCUUUUUGUUGUUCAGUUUAUAAAUUAGAAGACCGAUAAUAAUCUAGGUUUAGAUUUUAUGUGCAUAAAUAUUCCAUUUUCGAAAUAUAAAUCUAUGCUAUUAUAAAAAUAUUCAUCAUUAAAUCAAUUUGAUUACAAAAUUUAUCCGCAGUAAAAGAGCAUUCAUUAUUUAUAUUUUAUGGUAAUAACUCCCAAGACAUCUACAGUUGUGGUUUUCCUCUAACUUUUUUGUAAUGUGAUCGUUUUAAUUAGGGUUGAAAAUCUAACCUAAUACCUACAUGUUCUACGGUGGUGAUGGAUUCUUAUUUUCUCACGCAAGCAGUGGUGUAACUAUUUUCAAAAUUGUAAUGUUUAUUCCCCUAAAUUUAGCGAUAAAUAACCCACUAAAAUGGUCGAAUAAGAAUCUCACCAUUCGCAAUCCUCUUUAGGACCAAACAUCUUAAAAUGUAGAAAUAGUUAGAACAAAAAGAUGUUAGUUGGUUUAAAUUAUUGCAAUGACGACAAAGAUUAAUUAGCAUCCAGAGUUUCUGACUAUUACACGAAAUAAAUACUAGAUUUAUAUGUAAGAGUUCAACCAAAAUAUAUAAGAAUUGUAUAGUGGAAAUAAUAUUAUAAACUUAAUACAGAAAAAUAUUUCUUCUAAUCAACCAGCUACCUCGACACACACACAUAUAUAUAUACACGCAAAUAAAAACCUAUUUGAAUCACCAAACGAAAGUUACGAAACUAAGUUGUAUCACAACAUAAAGAUGCAACAUAUAUAAAAAUAUUCAUUACCAUACAUCAAUCAUAAUCAUUAUUUCAGGUAACUGAUGUCUGUGGAACUUCCGGUGUUUGACAUCUCAAAGCCUCUAAACGAGUCAUCGCUGACGUCGCUACAAGAUGCUUGUAAGGAGUGGGGUUUCUUCUACGUGACAAACCAUGGCAUCUCCGGCGAUAUGUACAAGAAACUCCGUCAAUUCUCCGGUGGAAUUUUCGGGCUCAGAGACGAGGAGAAGAUGAAGAUGGGAGCAUCUAAUUAUACUCCUCGUUUCAUUGCAUCUCCUUUCUUCGAGAGCCUCCGUGUCUCCGGUCCCGAUUUCUAUGCUUCGGCCAAGUCUUCCAUCGAUGCUUUUUCCGACCAAGCUACCGAUGAGGAGUUCAGCGAGUUGAUGAAAGAAUAUGGAGAAAAGAUGACGGAACUAUGCGAGAAAAUACUGAAAGCUAUACUCUCUAGCUUUGGAGAGGAUCUUCAUCACAAAUAUUACAAGUCUGAGUUUGGAAACUGCCAUGGCUACUUCAGGAUCAACAACUACACAAUCCCUUUAGAACAAGAUCAUCAAGAAGACAAUGUUGACUUGUUAGAAGGGCUGGGAAUGCACACUGACAUGAGCUGCAUCACUAUCGUUGAUCAAGACGACAUUGGAGGUCUUCAAGUCAGAACCAGAGACGGGCUUGGUCUCAUGGAUAUUAACCCUAAAGACGAGGCUUUAGUCGUCAACGUCGGAGAUUUAUUACACGCUUGGACCAACGGACGGCUGAGAUCGUCCCAACACAGGGUUGUGUUGAAACGUCAUAGUUUCGUGGAUAACAGAUUCUCCCUUGCUUUCUUCUGGUGCUUUGAGGAUCAGAAAGUCGUGUUUGCCCCUGACGAAGUUGUUGGAGGUGGUGAAGGUGGGAGGGUAUUUCGGUCAUUUAAAUGUGGGGAUUAUUUGAGGUUCAGGGAGAAUAUUGAGAAAGGGAAGUUCGAGAAGGUUGGGCACACGGUCGAAGACUUUGCACGAACUGAGGACCGUAAUUAAUUUUUUUUUGUUUUGUUUUAUAUUAUUGAAAGUUAAUAACUUGUUGUCUAAAAUAUAUUCCCUCCAUUCUCGAAUAAAUUCUUCUUUAAAUAUUUACGUAUAUUAAAAUUAUUAAAAAUAUAUACAAUUAAAUUUAUUAUUUAUUUUACUAUGUAUUUUCUAAUAAAUAUCAACCAAUAUUAUUUAACCAAUUCAAAUAGGAUAUUAGAAGUUCAGGAAAUAAGUUGAUAUCCUUUGAGCAAAAAGUAAAAUCCGGUAGAAUGACUAGGGGAAGCUUGCCUUUAGAUGUUACUAUCAGGUCGAACUCCACUUUACCUAAUGUUGAAUACAACUUUGAAGUUUAGAGUUGCGUUUGACAAGAUAGAGGAAGAGGAUAAAUUGUACACCGAUUACUUUUUAGAAUUGACCGAAGGUAUAAAGAGAUGCUUAACGAGAUUGGAGUAAAAGACAAUCGGGACGAGCUGCAUAUAUACUUGAAAUAAGGAGUUAAGAAUCCAGAUUUGAUGUCUGGUGUAGAGUAUGAUGUCUUCUCGUUUUGGAAGCGAAACUGUACCAAGUUCCUAAUUCUCUAACAGAUUGCAAAGGAUGUCUUUGCACUGCAGGUUUUUUCUGUUGCAUCCGAGAAUGUUUUCAGUACAGAUGGAAGGAUCAUAAGCCCAUCUUGAAGCUGCCUUACUCACUUCAUGGUUGAAAUAUUGAUGUGUACUAAAUAAUAGCUUAAGCAUGACAUUCAUUGUGAAUGAAGAAUGCUUACUAAUGCACAAAUCCUUGAAAACAUCAAAAAAUUAGAAAAGACUGAGAGAGGUAUAUCAUCUUCUAUCUUACAAGUUCUAACGUUUAGCUUUUUAUUUUGUUUGUGUAUUAGUUUGUUUUGUUCUAUCCUUGCAUUAGAAUAUGCUAUAUGACAUCAAGAGCCUAUUCUCUUCUAAGGUAUUGCACUAAAAAACCCUUAGUUUACAAUGAUUCGCUUCUGUUUUAGUUUCUUUUGACCUGAUUUUCAAACUUUUCUUUGGCAGGAGUAGUACGUUCCACAUCACUACAUCAUGAUUGUCGAGCUCAAGAUUGUUCCAAUGUCUCUCACUUUAAUUGUCGUGUGUUAGUUUUGUUUGUUGUUUUGUUUAUGUCAUUCAGUUUCAAAACUUUUAAGUGUUGCUAUUUUCAUUGUCGUAUGUUGCUAUUUUCAGUUUAAAACCUUUGUACUCAAUUUCACUUUCAAGAGUAAUUUUCAAUUAUGCGUUUCUGUUUCUUAUGAUUUGCUGUUUUUUUUAUUUUUGAAUCUUACUUCAGUAUAAUCCGAACCGAUAAAAAAAAACCAAAUGAUAUAUUAUAUAAAUUAUAUCCGAUCCUGAAAAACCGAUCCGAACCUGAUAAAUUAUAUCCGAUCCCGAACCGUAGUAAAAAAUUUACUAGAAUUGGAUCUAUCGGGUGUUAUUUUUUAGAACCAAAAUCUAAAAUAUCCAACCCGGAUGUCAACGGGUAUCCGAACGCCCACGCCUAAUUAUCAUUAUAAAUGUGACCAAGCCCGCCCCAGCUCAUACAGUCAUCUACAUAGCACAUACAGUCAUCUACAUAACACAUACAUAAUACAUACAUUUCAAUGUUAUAUAUAUUGUAAUUCUGUAAUAUUAUUAUUUAGGUUUUUUAUUUGAAAUUAGUAAUAUAAUAAUUUUUAUACAUUUUAUUUUGUUAUUAGUUCUUGUUACAUACUAAUAUACUUUCAGGUUCGGUACAAUAAAUUCAUAAUCUGAUAUAAUUAAAUAGAUAAUCCCCUUCAAAAUAAUAUUUUUCAUUUCUACAGUUUGCAUAUAAAAAAUAUUUUUAAAAUUUAUUUAGUUAUACUAUAGAACAUAUAUCUGUUCAGGAUCAUUUAUAUUUCUUUGUUAUU